CGGCUCAGCCAAUAGGAGGAAGCGAGGUUGGGAGGUGGUUGAAGGUGAGGGCAAAGAGGUCCAGCCAGCCAAGAUGGUGUUGUCGCUGCUGUGCAGAGUGGGCGCCCGCGCCCUUCGCGCUAGGAGCAGCCCAGGGGCCCUUGUGGGGCUCCGGCGUGCUGGCGGUGUACACAUUGAACCUCGCUACCGCCAGUUCCCAGAGCAGACACGAUCCCAGCAGGUAACGGCAGAGGUGCUCAGUAGCCUAAUGUGGUUCUGGAUCCUGUGGAAGUUCUGGCAUGACCCUGAUGCUGUCCUGGGCCACUUUCCUUAUCCAGAUCCGUCUAAGUGGACAGACGAAGAGCUGGGAAUCCCCCCUGAUGAUGAAGAAUAACAUGAACUGUUUGUUCCAAAACUUCUGGGAAGAGAGCUGCAGAAAAAAAAUCUUACUUCCUUUUAUGUAAUUCUUUAAAUUGUAAAUAAAAAUAAAAAUCUGGUAAAUUCA